GCUUUCUGCUCUCCUGCUGCCAGCCAAAAAACUGAAACCGACCCAGGACCAGGACUCACGGACGAAGCUCUAGCGUUUCAAACUCAGCCCCCUUUUCUAAACCCCAGCCAACCUGUAGAGUGUCACCGUGCUACGGAAGGCAGGGUGUUGGCGUGCUGUGUGGAGGAAAGUCGCUGUUUCUCACAUAUCCGCCUUCUUGAGAGAAAAUUCCUCGUUUUAUCCGCUGCUAAACUCAACUCGUGGGAGGUAAAAAAGAUGGCAAAGAUCUGUGCUUUGGUGUUAAUGACACUUGUGUCACUGGGGUUCGCGGAAGAACAAAAAAUGGAAGAAGACCCAUUUAACUUUGACUACCACCAACUGCGAGUCGGAGGCCUGAUUCUUGCUGCUGUCCUCUGUCUCAUUGGCAUCACCAUCCUGUUCAGUGGCCACUGCAGGUGCAAGUUCAACCAGGACAAGAGAGCGAGGACAGGAAGCAAUGCUCAGCAGAUGCUUUCCGACCAAGGUCGUUCCUGCGAAUGCUAGAUGUCGACCAGAACACACACUGACUUCCCGAACCUGCAACCAUCAGAUAACACGGAGGAGGAGCAGCGGGAUUUGACACAUCCAACGAGAGGCUUUUGUUUUACUAUUAGAGAGCAACAGAGAGUAGUCUGUGUACGGCUGUGAGGUGUGAUGCUUUCUGCCUUGUAACUGAGCUACUGAUCUGCAGCCUGCAUCUUCACACACACACACACACACACACACACACACACACACACACACACACACACACACAAUGUGUCACUUUCAUUUCAAUUUACAGAACACGUGAUUUAGAAAUAAAAAAGGCUAUGACACAAAUAAACUGUCAUAUGAAUCUGUUUGAUUAAGCUGAAAGUAACCUCAUACAACAGUUAACAGAAACUAUUUACCAAAAAAUUCCUUAAGUGUCCACAUGCUGAAGUUCUCUACUGCCGUCUGCUCUGUGUGUAAGGUCAAACAUUGAUGUAGAUAUUAGUCGCUUAUUGUGCCAAACCUAACAUUCUGUCAAUGCUUUCAUGUCACAUAUAUGAAAUCCACCUAUCAUGAGUCUUUAAAAUGUUGUUGAUUAAUCAUAAUUAGAAGUGAAUUCCCAUGUUUAGCUUUAUGGAGGAAAGUAGUGGAUUGUACUGUUCAGAAAUACAGAAAAACUCUGUCAUGUUUCUAUAAAAGAACCUUGAAACAAACAAAUAUAAACUAUGGAGUUUUUUUUGUUUGUGUGUCCAAGAUCCAAUUAAAUUAUGAUUCGAUUUUUAAGGCC